UCAGCCGCCGCCAUAUUCUUUCAAUAGCUUCGAGUGCUCCUUUUUCUGAGGUAUAUACCUUUACAGAAUGUCUCAUGCAUGAGACUUUCCCAUGAAUUAUCAGAGUGAAUGAUAGCGCGAUUGUGAAGAAAAUAGUUGGGAAAGUGAUAAGAAUCAGGGCCAAAAAUUGUUCAAAAGAGACAUUUGGGCUUGGAACGACACCGGUGAGCUCGCUAUAGUCGAAUUUCUAGUGCUUGGAACUGAUUGUAAAGGAGUGACACGCAAACAGCAAGUAUAAGACGCUCUUUAUUUUGGUCGAUAUAUCAGACCUGCUGCCGAAGAACUUUUACUUUGGCAAAAUCAGCCGAGAAGAAAGCGUUUAUCAGAGCGAUGGCGAACACAGCUCGUGCCAGAGUCUACUCGGACGUGAAUGUACACCGGCCCAGAGAAUAUUGGGAUUACGAAUCGCAUGUCAUUGAAUGGGGGCAACAAGAUAACUAUGAACUUGUUCGGAAACUGGGUAGAGGAAAAUAUAGUGAAGUGUUUGAAGCAAUAAAUGUGUCAAGUGAGGAGAUGGAGAAAGUGGUUGUUAAAAUUUUAAAGCCGGUUAAAAAGAAGAAAAUCAAGAGAGAGAUUAAAAUUCUUGAGAAUCUGAGGGGAGGUCCCAAUAUUAUUAAUCUUCUGGACGUUGUCAAAGAUCCUGUGUCUAGGACACCUGCUUUAGUUUUUGAGUAUGUCAACAACACAGAUUUUAAGCAACUGUACCAGAAAUUUUCCGAUUAUGACAUCAGAUUCUACUUAUAUGAACUUUUGAAGGCUUUGGACUAUUGUCACAGCAUGGGGAUAAUGCACAGAGAUGUAAAACCUCACAAUGUUAUGAUUGACCAUGACAAAAGACAGUUCCGAUUGAUAGAUUGGGGGCUGGCAGAGUUUUACCAUCCUGGGCAAGAAUACAAUGUUCGAGUGGCUUCCAGAUAUUUCAAAGGACCUGAAUUACUGGUUGACCAUCAAGAGUACGACUACUCCUUAGACAUGUGGAGUUUUGGCUGUAUGCUUGCCAGCAUGGUAAGGGACAAAUGGAUUUUCAAACCAUUUCUUGUCAGAAUUGCCAAAGUGAUAGGAACAGAUGAGCUGUUUGAAUAUAUCGAGAAGUAUCAUAUUGAAUUAGACCCAAGAUUCAAUGACAUCUUAGGGAGACAUUCAAGAAAGAGAUGGGAGAGAUUCACACAUUCAGAGAAUGAACUUCUAGUGAGCCCUGAAGCAAUCGACUUGCUGGAUAAGCUCCUAAGAUACGAUUUGUUUGGUAUUGAUAUAUACUUUGUCUGGAUGUGUUUGAGAUUUUUGUGAAUGUAGCUGUUCAUUUUUCAUCUCUGUAUGUGUGUUUGGUGUUUUUUCUUUUUGAAGUGUUGUACUGAUUUGUUUAAUUUUCAAGAAGGGAUUUAUCUGUGAUCGACUCGUGUAGGAGGGCACAACUUACACUCCCAACAAUUCACCAAUGCUAUAAGUAGUUUCCAUGGAAUCUUAAAUCUUCUGUUUCGGUAGUGAAAAUCAUGUAUCAAACCAAUAGCUAUGAAGGUGCACGUGUUAUUUUACAUAAAGAUAUUUUAAAUAUUUAUAAUUUUUUUCCCCGACCUAAUUUGUCUAAAAGAAGAUACUCAGAAGUUUUGGAGGUCAAAAUUUCUCCUCUUAUUGUUUUUUUCUCUCAAACUUGAUGUAAGAGCUUAGUCUAUUAUACACACCUUGGGGAACAGGGAACAUCACUUGGAAAAGAAGUUCCGUAGUUUUGCACAUCCUGCCCUUAUUCUUGAAAAUUUCCCAUUGAUAUUGCUACUUAGGUUUUGAGCGUUGUAAAUUAUUGUUUUAUCAGCAAGCUUGUGUUAUUAAAAAACAAACAAACAAACUAAAAGAAAUUGUUGUUCUGUCCAUUGCAAAAUGAAGUACCUUCAGUUUUUGUAAUCACUUAAGCUUGCAACCUUUAAAGCACACUAUUUGUUCCCUCGUCAAAACUUGUGCAGAGAAUUUGAUAUCCUAUUGUUAGUUGGUGCAUGAAUUGUUGAUUCUUUGUAAAAUAUUAUAUUCUUACAAAAGCAAAAAAGCGAAGCUGACCUUGAACGUUGGUCUCUGUUAUAAUAAAUUUAGUGUGUUGUGAAA